GUUAACAUCGAGGAACUUGUUUCGAAGCAAACGGAGUUCAGUGACUGGGGAUGUCGUAUAACAACUUACGAAGACACGUGGACUCACGCUCGACGUAGGAGACGCAUGGCCAUACGUUCUAAAGAUGCGAAAACAUCUGAUGAACCACGAUCCACCAAUACAACCGAUCGAGUAGAAAUCGAGGACUCCUUGGACCGUAAAACUCCAACUCCCCAAGAAGUCUCUGAUCUAGGAACAAAUAACAAUACUGUCCCAAACUUGCAACUAGAUAUUAAAUGUCCAUCCAUGUCGAAGAACUCGACCGAAGAACCUUUCCUAAUCUGUUGCCUGUUCAUAAAUGAAAUGGAUGGUACAUCCGAUGAGGAGAACUCGAGUGAAAGUGAAAAAAGUGACUUCAAGUUGAGUCUAAUCUUCGAAAGUGGUCGUGGUGGCAAGAAUGCUCUGCAAACUUUACGUCAGUAUCUGAUAAAUAAACUGAACAUUGUAAGAUCUAGUUGCAAGAAUCCCGAAGUUCCAACGAAAAGGAGCAAAAAAGAGGAAGCCAACGAAUGAAGGGACUCCCAUGAAGAUACACUGGUGAAACAUUUGAACCAAUGGGGUUGUUACAUGACUGCUCGAUAAGAAUUUCUUAUUUCCAACCCUCGUCGAAUAGUACACCCCACUCAGCAAUGGUCUCACCUUCGAAUGAAGAUCCACCUACCACAACGAAGUGAAUGAGAAGACGGGCAAAGUUAAUUUUAAAACUGUUUUAUUAAGUAAAAGCCAUUGCGGCACUAAAUGAAUCUUUGAUUUUCAUACAACGGCCCCAUUCUCGGUAAGAAAAUGCAACGCAUGAGAAAACGGUGCGUCUCGCCACUCCAUCAAAUUACGUAACAAACGAGUCAUGCAUUCAACUUUAUUCCUUCUCUUUCAAACAGUAAUCCUUACCGGCUAGAAUUUCAUUAACGUACAACUUCUGCUAACAAGUACAGUAUAUGUAGAGUAACGUAUAACAUGUAACACGCGGGGCUAGUAAAAAGAAUUCUCCGACUCUUAUUUUUGGCAUUAAUGCGGCGCGUCCUCUCCCCCGUGUUAAUUCUAUGUAUAAUAACAGGUGACUCGAUUUCGCAAAGAGAGGAUUCGCGUGGUUUUCCAUCCCUCUUACGGUUGGACAACGCGCUUGUCCCCUCCCCGAGCUGCUCCAGAAAAUUACACCGAGAGACUACUCGUCUACGAAAUGUCACCAUUGAACCCAGGCUACGUGAGCCGGCCAAGUGCUACUCCGUAAAAAAAGCUCAUGAUUUGAAUUUGGACGCAAUCGCUGUAGUCUCACGAGACGAAAGAAAAAUCGAGGCCGACUGAAACGCCAUUCUCGGUUUAAGGCGAUGUAAAGGUGGCAUCAAGGAGGACCCGUUUAUGAAACUUAUCUCCGAAUUGGGUGUACGUAAUUGGUUUAAACCUUAAAAUGUGAAUAUAGAUGCUAUGUGGAAGGUCUUCACGCCCACGAAAUUUCAAUUUUAAGAUAAUUUGUUUAUAUCUAUUUUCAAAAUUGUUAUAAAAAAUGAAAUUUCGAAGAUUUCAGGACCAACCUAAAGGUCUCCUUAUUCAUAUGGUAAAAUGUGAAACAAAUUGGUACACCCAAUUCGGAGAAUACUUUCACGAACGACUGACUCAGAUGCCACUUUCGCAUCCCGUUAAGCCUUGUUUAUGCUUCUCUCCUUACCCUAUCUUCUUAACCCAGCUUAAUCUUAAUCGUUCACUGUAAGGAAUUUAGGGGGAGUACUUACACUAAAGGUUUAGGUUAAGGUAAGGGAAGAAUAGGCUUUGAAGCCUUCACAAUUAUCUCGCAUAAGCCUAAAAAUAAGUGAAACGGUAAGUACUGAUCAAUGAAAUCGCAGAAAGUUUAAGAUAACGUCCAUGUCCGGCAAUUUGACUGGCCAAUUUUUACUAUUAUGCGAGGUAUCUAUAAAUGCCUUGCACACACUUCGCACAGAGUGACCAUAAGCAUAGCCAAACAGUUAAACAUAUGUCCAAUCAGAGAUGAGCGGGGAGAUGGUUUCCGCCUUUAUUUGAAAAGGAGGCACGGUCCACUGGCGCCCUCUAGGUUCUUCGCGCCCCUCUAAGAAUUGGAACUGCUUUUAAAGGGGGCGAAAUUUUCGCGAUCGGUAAAACAAUCUAUGCGGGUGUGCCGCACAUAACAACUUUAUUUGGUAUAUUCGUAGUCUUUUUUUCCAACCUAUAUUGGCCCUGGUACUAAAAACAAAAAGACGUGAACUUCAUCCUGUCGGUACUGUGCCGUAUUUGAAAUCUGCAGACACGUUUUUCUUUACCGAUAGAGAACAUUUCGCCCCUUUGAAAGCACUUCCACAGCACUAGUAAGCCGUGCCUCACUUUCAACAACGGCGUGCAACAUCUUCCCGCUCAUCCUAGCCCAAUACACAGGCCCAAAAACGCACAGAAUGGUAAGCAAAAGAAGGCAGCUCUACAUGGCAGGCGCACGAAUACAAAGUUGAUAUUAUCGAUGAUAUAUAAUAAACAAAAUACGUGACUCACAUGUGUAAUAUAAAAAUUCCGAGUUUAUGGAAUUUUUCAACCACUUUAUCUUCCGAAAGCCUAUUUAUCGACUUUACAAUACUUGCGAUCAUCAUGUAUCUUCAAAUUCGUCGGUAGAUAAAGUUUUUAAAUGGUGCCUCGUGUUGAGCAAUUUAAUUGGCCAAUUCUAAAUGCUAUGCACAUGGGCACUCUUACGCCAGAUAUGUAAAAAGGCCUUUAACGCUCCCUAUGAAUACCUCAAAUUUAAUUUAUGCUUCCGUCCUAACCCUAACUUAGCCGUAACUUAACUCUCCAUUACCCUCUUGGGUCUUUUUGAUCUGCAAUAUUUUCUGUAGAUAUUUUGAUCAUUAUUAAACAGCAUAUUUUAAUAUUUCAAUUUAAAAGCUAGUGGAUAAUAUAUAUCAGAGAUCUUCAAAAGUAGCCCUGAAUUUUUGUUAACAUUUUUAAAAAUGUGAAACGGAAAGAAAAUGGGCCCAGACAAAAUGUGUCCAAGAGGGCAAGGAAAGCAAUAAAAACAAUGGCAGUCAAUUGUUAGCAGUUAACACGUUGAUUGUCACGGUGGUCACCAGUGACCGGCAACCGCCUUGCGAUAGUGCACUCGUCUUUUAUUUUGGCAGUCAACGUGUUAAUUGUUUGUUUCUUUUUAACAUUGCAGUUAAUUGUUUCCUGGAAAGAAUUCAUAGGAAGUAUUUAUGCUAAAAGUUAGGGUCAACUUUAUAGUUACGAAGCGCUACUAUAAUGGCCGCCUUCAUUCCUAUACAUUCAAACCAACGGAUAAACAUUGUAUUAAAAAAAAUAUUAGCACUACACGAAUUUGUAUAAGGAGACAUGAUACUUCCUGUGGUUGGUUAGACAAAAAGUGGCCUCAGAAUCGGGACCCACGGACAGGAUUGGCCAAUUACGGGUUUUUCAAGGUUUUUAACGUAUAUUGCGUAGAUCAAGGCGUUUACCGUAGAAAAUCAUAAAAAACUAAUAAAUUACGUUUCCAAUAUGGUGAAUGCCGCAGAUGUACAACAUACGGCCAUCCGCUAGGUUAUGAAUGUCUUUUAGUACAUAUGUAAACAGAUAAAAAUUUUUAAAGAAUAAUUUGGCACUUGUAUUAAAAAUUCUUUCAACUUGA